GCUGCGUAAAUGUAUCGCAUUACUGACUUUAUAGAAGGGUGUUUCUGCGUUAUCACGGAAGCUGCGUACACGGAAACAGUGCCAACAAUCUGUCAUGUGACUUUCUCACACAAGUACUGUCAAAUAGUACGGCUAACACAGAUAAUCAAAGGUGGCGGGCGGAACAGCUCAACGUGCCGUUCAUCUGAACAUGGCGGAUGACUUGAAGAGAUACUUGUAUAAACAGUUGCCCAGUGUGGAGGGUCUUCAUGCCAUUGUAGUAACAGACAGAGAUGGCGUUCCAGUCAUCAAAGUCGCCAAUGACAACGCUCCAGAGUAUGCACUCCGGCCGGGCUUCUUGUCCACGUUUGCACUCGCCACUGACCAGGGGAGCAAACUGGGCCUGUCUAAAAACAAGAGCAUCAUAUGUUACUACAACACAUACCAGAUUGUGCAGUUUAACCGGUUACCCCUGGUCAUCAGUUUUAUCGCAAGCAGUAGUGCCAACACAGGUUUAAUCAUCAGUCUGGAAAAGGAGCUUGGCCCUCUGAUUGAAGAGCUGAGACAAGUGGUGGAGGUUGCGUAAGAACGAACCAACCACUAAUGAAGUCCCAAUGCGUUUGCACACCUACAUUGGUUUAUGGACAGUACACAACUGCAACCAUGGAGGACAUCAUAGAUCUCUGUCUCCUGUACAGACGCACACACACACACACACACAAACACACACACACACACACACAAACACACACACAGACACGCACACAAUGUUGGCUGUGGCUCUAGUUUAUGUGUCUGAAAGUCUAUGAUGCUGUAUGUUGUUCCUUAUGAAUGUAACCUGCUCGGCUUGUUUUGUUUUAUUUUCUUCUAAUAAUAAAAUAUCAUCUUUGGUGUA